GUAAGGCAUCGUUUGGAAGCUUAUAUUUGUGUUAAACCCGUUCUCUCUCUCAUUUCCCACUCAUCUUUUUCUGUUCAACCAAAGCCAAAGAUUUCUCUGCGCGACAAUCGAAAGCGGCGAGAACGCUAUCUGCGUCCUUAAAUCUAGAAAAGGGUUUAUGGAUUUGGAGACAGAGAACAGGAUAGCUGCAAUUCUUGUCAAAGAGGCAGCAGAAUUGCGGCGGCAAGCUGAAAAGGAAGGCAUACAUGUUUAUCUUGGGCAGCCUAAGGUUAGGGGUCGGCCAAAUUCACGUUUCCUUACCACAACUGUUCUUGGUGUACAACAAGCAAAUCGAAGUGUGGAAGUAAAUGAGAUGUGGCGAGCCAGGCAGAAAGAGCUAGAACUGGAUGAGAGGCUUAGAGGGAGAUCGAAGGAGGAGAGCAGCAGUAGUAGGAGCCACAGGAACGUAUCUGACUCGUCAAGGAAUACAAGUAAGAGGCACGCAGAUCAUGAAGUAAAUGCUAGUGCUCCAAGCUUAUCAAGCAAAGGAGGAAUCCAGGAUUGCUAUUCGAGGGAUGAUGAAGGAUUGAGGGAUGCAGAAAUUGAGGAAUUUCUACACUCAAGAGUCAAGCGUGGCAGGGGUACUGUAGGAUCUAGGAUGGAUGAAACGGGUCCUUACCUUCCUCGUAGCUCAGACGGCAAGGGAAAGCUGUUAGAUUCUAAUCUCAGGGUUGGAGAAGAAUGGGAAAAUCGUGCUGUUCUUGGUCCAGCGAAGCCUUCUUCACUUGAAUCUUGUGAAUCUUCUGAAGAAGAAUCUUCUCGUGGUAAGAGGAAGAAGUCAAAGAAAGUUGGCUCAGGGAGCUCAAGCAAGCACCGCUCUAGGAAGCACACAAAAGAAAAAUCUAGGGAUAAACUGAAGAAAAAGAGGGAGAAGGAGAAAAGAUCUAAGCAUCACAGAUGAGAGUUGUUUUGUAUUGGUUGGUUUGGUUCUCUAGUUCGUUAUUCGUGUGGGUUAGGAUGACAAUCUGCGCUUGUACAAUUGAUAAUAAAUGGUAUCAAAGAAUGUUUUUAACAAAAUAGGAAAGAUAGUAUUGAUGGAACACAAUGAAAUUUAUGUAUUUUCUUAAAAAAAUGUGAUCACAGUUAUGUUUUUGGCCAA